AUGCAGGACAUCCGAUUGACUGCCAUCUUGAUGGCUUGCUUCACUCUUUUUCCUGACUACGCCAGUGCCUUCUGGCGUCUUCCUUGCCGUGGGCGAACAGGUGUCGCGCGGCUGGAUCCUCUUGUGGACCCCGGGAAGGUCUCUUCUCAUGUGCACUCGGUUCACGGUGGUGGAAGCUUUGGCAUGAGCUCCACCGAGGGCUCUCUUUUGGAAUCGAGCUGCACCUCUUGUGCUGUGACGCAGGAUAAGUCGGCGUACUGGACACCGGCUCUAUACUUCAUGCACACCAAUGGCAGUGCCGAGCUAGUUGAGGAAGUUGGAGGCAUGCUUGCCUACUACCUCCUUUACGGAGAGAACGUCACCGCGUUCCCAACUGAUUUCCGCAUGCUGGCAGGUGAUCCCUUCCAGCGUAACUUCACCUGGCCCGUUCCCGACCCUCCCAAGUCCUCGUGGACUGGUGACCAGGCCUCACAGGCUGCUCUGCGCCAGAAGGCUCUUGGAUUCAACUGCUUGAACUAUCAAACCACCGCCGAAGCAUCCCUCUACCGUCAUUUCAUGCCGAACAAGACUUACCUCGACGAGCACUGCACCGACGGCAUUCGCUUCGAAUUGAUGUUCCCAUCCUGCUGGAACGGCAAGGAUGUCGAUUCCGAUGACCACAAGUCCCACGUCGCGUAUCCCUCUCUGGUGAUGGACGGUACCUGCCCCGAGGGAUACGAAACCCGCCUUGUAUCACUUUUCUACGAGACAAUCUGGAAUACCUAUGCUUUCAAGGACGUCGACGGAUACUUCGCGCUUGCUAAUGGUGACCCCACUGGAUACGGGUACCACGGUGAUUUCAUCCAGGCCUGGGACGACGGUGUGCUGCAGGAGGCUGUUGACACGUGCACCAGCGAGACGGGCUUGGUUGACGAUUGCGAGAUCUUCGACAUCCAGACUGAGAACAAGCAGCGCCAGUGCGAGUUUGAAAUCCCCUCUGCACUUAAGAACGAGGACGUCUACAUGUACGCCGACGGUUUGCCCGGUUCCAUGGGUGUUUCGUGGGGUCCAGAGUACGCUUCGAUGGAUAUGGACACUUCGACUACCACGACAGCUGCAGCCAUUCUGCCGUCCCUGUCGGUGCCCUCUGUCCCUGCCAUUUCUCUGGGUCUCUCAGUCGAUGCGGGUGCUUUGCUCGGAAAUCUCAACGUUGCCAACACCGCCGAAGCCCCGGCAAUUACUUCGACUUCUACUUCCACGUCGACCCCGACGCACACUCCCACCCCCACGACAUCUCUCGUUCUCGACCCUAUCACCGAGGAGAUCAUCUAUCUCCAACGUGAUAUCAUCGUCCUGAUCGACGAGAACGGUGCCCCGUAUGCGACUACCACAGGCAGCACCCGCACGUUGUCUACUGCAACCACGACCGUCACUGAGACCUCCACUGCCGUUUCCUACGUGAAGAGGGAUACUGUCGUGGUGGACUCUGUCGUAGAACAGGAACAGCCCGCUACCCACGCACGCAGACACCUCCACCGUCAUGGUCACCUGCACAACAAGUUCUAA